UGAGUCCCAAAGCUCUCGCUCCCUUAAACGCAAUUGGCCGCUAUCUGUCACUCAGACUUUUCUCUCUCCGAUUCACACGAACCCGAAAACCCUAAUUUUUCUGGUUCUGAGUGAAUUUUUUUUUUCUUCGGAGGAUUUGUCGGUGUUGAAUCUAGGGUUUUGGGUGCAACCAGGGAGAGAGAGAUAUCGUUGCCAUGGAAUCGGAUCAGGGGAAGCUGUUUAUCGGCGGGAUAUCGUGGGAGACGGACGAGAAUGUGUUGAGAGAGUACUUCAGCAAUUACGGCGAGGUUUUGCAGGUUACGGUGAUGCGAGAGAAGAUGACGGGUCGACCCAGGGGAUUCGGGUUCGUCGCGUUCUCGGAUCCUGCUGUUGUUGAUAGGGUUCUUCAGGACAAACACCACAUCGAUAACAGAGAUGUUGACGUGAAGAGAGCUAUGUCUAGAGAAGAGCAGAAUACUUCUGGGAGAUCAGGAAACUUUAUUGCCUCUAGAAAUUACGAUAGCAGUGCUAAUAUCAGAACUAAGAAGAUUUUUGUGGGAGGCUUACCUCCCGUGUUAACAGGAGAUGAAUUCCGCAGCUACUUCGAAGCUUAUGGCUCUGUAACUGAUGCAGUCAUCAUGAUUGAUCAAAACACCCAACGUCCUCGUGGAUUUGGAUUCAUUUCUUUCGAAUCAGAAGAUUCAGUUGACCGUGUUCUGCACAAGACUUUCCAUGAUUUGAAUGGCAAACAAGUUGAAGUGAAGCGGGCCCUUCCGAAAGAUGCUAAUCCUGGCGGGGCCAGCCGCGGUAGUGGAACCGGUGGCUCAGGAGGUUAUCUGGGUUAUGGCGGAAGUGGAUAUGAGGGUCGUAUGGAUUCCAAUAGAUUCAUGCAGCCUCAGAACACCGGAAGCGGUUACCCUCCCUAUGGAGCUUCUGGGUACAGUGCUGGAUAUGGUUAUGGAAAUAACGGUGUAGGUUAUGGUGGUUAUGGAGGGUAUGGCAACCCAGCUGGUGCACCAUAUGGGAAUCCUGGUGCUGGGUAUGGAAGUGGUCCUAGAAGUUCAUGGGGCGCUCAAGCUCCUUCUGGUUAUGGCAGUGUGGGCUAUGGAAAUGCUGCUGGAUGGGGUGGUUCUGGUCCAGGUUCAGCGAUGCCUGGUCAAGCAGGUGGGCCAGCGGGAUAUGGUGGUCAAGGCUAUGGGUAUGGCGGAUAUGGAGGAAGUGAUUCCUCUUAUGGGACUCCCUCUGCGUAUGGCCCUGUUGGUGGACGAUCUGGCAAUAUGCCUAGCAGCCAUGGCGGUGCUUACGGUGAUGCAGCCUGGAAACCUGACUCAGAUGGCUCUGGAGGUUAUGGGAAUCACCAAGGGAAUGGACAAGCUGGCUAUGGUGGUGGCUAUGGCAGUGGUAGACAAGCCCAGCAACAGUGAAACAGGAUCAGAGACUACCACGUGGUUUUCAUCCCUGACCUUGACUCCUCUUUCAGCCUAUAACGGCAUUAUGUGGAGCAGCAUCCUCCAGGAAAUCAAUCUAUGCUGGGAUUGGGUUGCGUUGCUUGAACUCAACUAGAUUGUUAUAAUAUCUAUUUUGCUAGUUUCGUAAUAAGUAGUUUUCAGGCACUCGAGAUGCUGGUCGUACUUAGUGUUUCCCUUGUUUGAGUUGUAGUUGAAGUUUGCGUGCUUAUUAUCUAUACUUGUUUGCUUUGGAAUGGUUUUCUAUCUCUAUCUACCUCUAAGUGUUUUGUGCUUUACAAUAACGUCGUCACAUAUCUUUA